CAGUUAUAGGUGUGUCAAAAUGGAGAAAAGGGAACCUUUUGUAUCUCUCUUUUUGGUUGUUCUAACCCCCAUUUCUACCCUACUUGAGUUUUCUGCACUUGAAAGCCUCCACCGCCUCCUAUCUCUUCCCCUACUGAGAAUUAAGCUCAGAACAAUGGCUGUUUGCUUUCAGAAACAAACCAUUGAAGACGAUUCUUUGAUGCUCUUCUCAGCUUCGGAUUCCCAAGAAGAAUCCAGCACUCCUUCCUCUUCUUUCCAUCACUCGCCCCCGCAACCAUCACAAAAGUCCAAAACAACUUGCAAACUUAAUGUGAGAAAUCUUUCCUAUGCUAUCCACCCACAUAGGUUACUCGAUAACUCAUUUUGUCACCUGUUACAAAAGCCCAAGCCCGUCAACAUACUCAAGUCCGUCUCCUUUGUUGCAAGGAGUUCAGAAAUUCUUGCCAUUGUUGGCCCGAGUGGAACUGGGAAAUCUACUUUGCUCAGACUAAUAUCAGGAAGGGUGAAGGAAAAUGACUUCGACCCGAAAAGCAUUUCAAUCAAUGAUCACAACAUUAGCAGUCCAGCUCUCUUGCGGAAGAUUUGUGGGUUUGUCGCGCAAGAAGAUAAUCUGCUUCCUUUACUCACCGUAAAGGAAACGCUAAUGUUCAGCGCCAAGUUUAGGCUCAGAGAAAUGAACGCUCGAGAAAAAGAAGCAAGGGUGAAGAGCUUGAUGCAUGACCUCGGUCUUCUGCAUGUAGCAGAUAGUUUUGUGGGAGAUGAAGAGAACAGAGGGAUAUCUGGUGGAGAGAGGAAAAGGGUAUCCAUUGGAGUUGACAUGAUUCAUGACCCUCGAAUUUUGCUCCUGGAUGAGCCAACGUCAGGCCUAGAUAGCAGUUCGGCACUCCAAGUGAUUGAGCUCCUUUCUUCCAUGGCGAAAGGCAAGGGAAGAACAGUGAUUCUAUCUAUCCACCAACCGGGCUAUAGAAUCCUUCAAUUCAUUCCAAACUUCUUGAUCCUCUCUGGUGGUUCAGUUGUCCACAAUGGUAGCCUUGAAUCACUCGAGAAAGCUAUAAAUAAAUUGGGAUAUGAAAUUCCAUUGCAGCUAAAUGCCAUAGAAUUCGCCAUGGAAAUUACAAGUACACUGGAGGAUUCAUAUUUGAGAACUCCCUUGUCCAGUGUAGAAGAGAAGGAGCCUUAUUCCCUCUCUAUCUUUCCAGAGGGGGAGAUGGAGAGAGUACUCGGACAACACAAUGAUAGCAGACAAACAUUUACUAGUUACUUCUCCAUUUGGUUUGAGAUUAUGUUUCUUUGCUCAAGAUUUUGGAAGAUCAUCUACAGAACAAAGCAGUUAUUCUUGGCGAGAACGAUGCAAGCUAUUGUGGGGGGAUUUGGGUUGGGAAGCGUAUACAUGAAAGUGAGAAGAGAUGAAGGAGGUGUGACUGAAAGAUUGGGCCUAUUUGCAUUCAGUCUUAGUUUUCUUCUUUCUUCCACAGUCGAAGCUCUUCCAAUAUACCUCCAAGAGAGGCGUGUUUUGAUGAAGGAAGCCUCAAGGGGUGCCUACAGGACAUCCUCCUACAUGAUUGCCAAUACAAUAAUAUUUCUGCCAUUCUUAUUUGUGGUGGCUGUUCUUUUUGCAACUCCAGUAUACUGGCUUGUAGGACUCAAUCCUUCAGUCACUGCAUUUGCAUUUUUCACUUUCAUUGUCUGGCUUAUUGUGUUGAUGGCUAGCUCCCUAGUGCUCUUCUUAAGCGCAGUCUCGCCUGAUUUCAUCUCAGGAAAUUCACUCAUCUGCACUGUUCUUGGAGCCUUCUUCCUCUUCUCUGGCUACUUCAUUCCAAAAGAAAGCAUCCCAAAAUAUUGGCUCUUUAUGUACUAUGUUUCCCUCUAUAGAUACCCAUUGGAUUCACUUCUCACAAACGAGUAUUGGAGUGUGAGAAGUGAGUGUUUCUCUUGGCAGGCUCAAGAUCAUUCCAAGUGUUUGCUGACAGGAAUCGAUGUCUUGAAGAGCAGAGGACUCGACAAGGACACAAGGUGGAUGAAUGUGGGCAUAAUGCUUUGCUUCUUUCUAUUCUAUCGUCUGCUUUGUUGGAUAAUUCUUUCUCGAAGAGUUUCCAAUACCACAAUAUGAUGCUAUAAAUCAUCACUACAAACACCUGCCAUAUGAAGGUGGCUUUCCACCACUUGGGGUUGUAAAAAAUGUUUGAAAUACUGGUGAUAUUGCAAUCCAGGGAACUUGUAAGUUUCA